AUGCGAGAGGGAGAGGCUUGCCAACCAAACCCACGUCGUCUAGUCUGGGAGUGUGAAAAAAAAAAUUUUCGCCCGCCCGCCGCCGUCGCAGCCCGCUGUCAGUUGAGAACCACCAGCGGCCACUCGACACCGGCACCGACGACACCCGAUGCUCCAAAACGCGCAUCAUUUUCAUAUUGA